AUGGGUCUAGUCGACAAACUCAUCGCAAAAUACGAGCUUUACCGUCUGGAGCAACGCUACACUCGACGAGAGAAGCGCACGACUUUCACCUCAGGCGCUCGCUAUGUCGACGGCGAGUACGUCUAUGGCGAUUCUCCAAUCAGCGCCAAGUCCACA